AUGAUGAUGGACCUUUUUGAAACUGGCUCCUAUUUCUUCUACUUGGAUGGGGAGAAUGGAGCUCUGCAGCAGCUGGAGAUGGCUGAGGGAUCGCCACUGUACCCAGGCAGCGAUGGCACCUUGUCCCCCUGUCAGGACCAAAUGCCGCCCGAGGCCAGCAGUGACAGCAGCGGAGAGGAGCAUGUGCUGGCACCCCCAGGACUACAACCCCCUCACUGCCCUGGCCAGUGUUUGAUCUGGGCUUGUAAAACUUGCAAGAGAAAGUCGGCCCCCACGGAUAGACGGAAAGCAGCCACCCUGCGGGAAAGGAGGAGGCUGAAGAAGAUCAACGAAGCCUUUGAGGCUCUGAAAAGGCGGACUGUGGCGAACCCCAACCAGAGGCUGCCCAAAGUGGAGAUUUUGAGGAGCGCCAUCAGCUACAUCGAGAGGCUGCAGGACCUCUUGCACAGGCUGGAUCAACAGGAGAAAAUGCAGGAGAUCGGGGGGGACCCCUUCAGCUUCAGUCCCAAGCAGGGAAAUAUCCCCGGUUCAGACUUCCUCAGCACCUGCAGCUCCGACUGGCAAAGCGUUUCCGAGCAUUCCCGAGCCCUUGGAGUCGGCCCCAAGGAAGGAGGCUCCGUCGUCGAGUCGUCGGCCUCCAGCAGCCUUCGCUGUCUCUCCUCCAUAGUGGACAGUAUUUCUUCCGACGAGCCCAAACUGCCCAGCGCGGAGGAAGCGGUGGAGAAAUAA